AUGGGCGUCGCCGCCAUAAACUCAGAUGGAGAACUUCAUGGUCGCAGUCUCGUCGUUUUCGCGGUCACCACUGCAACCAUCGCCCUCGCAACCAUCUUAGUUGUCAUCCUGGCUUGGCUGCUUGCCUUCUUCCUCUCAUUUAUAGUCGAUUUCGGCGUCUUUCAUGGCUUGGGAAGAAGUGAAGAUGAUAUUACCGACCACCACAUGAGCAUUCUGCACAAGUGUGACUAUGUGUUCUCCGUCUUAUAUAACCCCGCCCUCAUGGCCACCAAAAGCAGCAUCUUGGUCCUUUACCUCCGUGUCACUAAAAAUACCCGCCUGCUCUUGCGCCACGCCUCAUGGGUCAUACUGGGGAUAGUUAAUAUCGCAGGAUUCAUCCUUACUAUUAUCAACAUCUUCCAAUGCAGGCCGGUCCGAGCUGGCUGGAUGCUAGAACUCUACAAUAGUAGUGCGUCUUGCAUCCCGCUUCUUAUCGAGUUUAUAUGCGCCUCGCCGGUCAACAUCAUAACCGACUUGGCAAUUCUUAUCUUGCCCAUCCCUGUCCUGACUAGCAUGCGUCUACCCAUGCGGCAAAAAGUCAUUCUUAUUUUGGCCUUUGCCCUGGGUGCUUUCGUUUCGGUUAUCGGGGUCGUCAGGAUUUACUACCUCGGCCAGGCUCUCAUCUCCCCCGACGCCUCUUUCUCUCUGAUGUGGAGCGCAGUCGAGGUCAAUAUCGGUAUAACCUGUGCCAGCAUCCCCACCAUUAAGCCGCUUAUCCUCAAGCUCUUCCCCAAUAUAUUGCACGAACCCAACAGCACCCGAACGUCUUCUGGGGCACCAAUCGAGUCUCAAGAGCCGUUGUAUCAAACAACAAAAUGCAAGCCGACAGAGUCAGACAAGAAGUCCACGGGAACAACCACGGAGUCUCCGUCAACCCCUGACACGGUGCAUUUCGGCAAUGACUUUCAGGAUCUCGACAGUACCCCUGCAACGUCUGCAGCGGCCGGGCGCACCAAUCCGACUAGCUCAACGACUGGUACUAUGAAAUCCGGCACCUCCUUUGGUUUCGUCAAGACAAACGAACCAAAGGGCAUGGUUAGAGCCAACGCGGCAGAAUCCUUCAAGUACUGCGCCAUUGUUUCUCUUCUCUUCUUCCUUUCCGGCAUGUCAUAUGGCCUUCUCGAUAACGUCAACAUCGCUGUUGCCACGGUGAACAACAUCUCGACGGCCCAAAACAUCGGCUUGACCACCGUAUACUCUGGGAUCGGCUACUUCUUCGGUCCGCUUUUAGCGGGCGAGUUUCUCUUACAAGACCGACAUUUCUUCAAGAGCCGCGCGUACGAGGCCGACAACAUAAGCGGGUACAAGAAGACAUUCAUCGUUGGGCUCUGCGUUUACGGCAUAGGCACCAUCUCGUUCUGGCCGUCAGCAGUGACGAGCUCAUAUGCAGGGUUUAUGAUCAGCAACUUUUUCAUCGGCUUCGGGUUGGCAGUCAUAGAAGUCGGCUCGAAUUCUUUCAUGGUCCUCUGCGGACCGCCCAACUACGCCGAGACGCGGAUUCUUAUAGCUCAGGCCAUUCAGGGUGCCGGCAGCAUUACCAACAGCCUUCUGGCGCAAAAGGUUUUCCUCAAGGGAAUCGACACGUCUGGUAAAGCAGCCCUUGUUAACGUACAGUGGGUGUACCUUGGGAUCACCUUGUUUUGCGCCAUCCUCGGGCUCUUCUUUUUCUAUGUGCCCCUGCCAGAUGUAAGCGACGACGAGCUUAAGGAGUUGCCAACCCGCCUUCAGGUCGACCCGAAAAAGAAAGUCGUCGGCGGCUUACAGCUGCGAACUGUAAGCCUGAUACUGGCUGUGUUUACGCAAUACAUGUUUGCCGCGGCUCAGGGGUCGAACUUCGCCUUCUAUGACAAACUUUUUAAGGCAGCUGUUCCCAAGGACGCGAUUGGCGUCGGAGAACCUGCUGACCCAGAUAAGCUGUCGGGUAUGACUCUAUCCAUGUCGGAUUGCAUACUCUUUGUUCUUCCCUUGAUACUCAUGCUCGCCGCCGAGACCCCUAUUUCGCCCCUGGUAUUCGCGUUUGGCCUACGCGGUCAGGGCCGGAGGACAACACGGGCUGUCGCCUUGAUCACAAUGGGCGAAUCUGGACCUGCAGUUGUCCCGUUCAUUAUGUAUGGCAUCAUGAACGCGGGCGGCGCCGUGCAAACCGCCUAUAUCGUUCUUAUCGCAGUGCUGGCUGCGGCUAUGGUGUAUCCUGCAUUCCUUGUGCUUUCCGGACCCGCAAGGAAACUAUUCGAACCAUACUCCGAUGUGCAGAGCACAAUACAUAUGAGUCAAGAAGACCAGACAUCGAUACAGCAGGGGGACGAGAAGAAUCAGGACUGA